AUGAAGAUCAUCGUGACCGGUGCCAGUGGCUUUGUCGGCUCGGAGAUCAUUCGCCAAUGUCUUCAGAAUCCCAAGAUCACCACAGUCGUCGCCGUGGCUCGCAGGCCUGUGUCAGUGCCCGAUGGCACACCUGCAUCGAAGUUUAGGUCGGUGGUGGUGCCAAACUACGAUGACUACCCAGAGGACGCUUUGGAGGCGUUUUCGGGCGCAAAUGCGUGCAUCUGGACCGUUGCGGUGACGCCGGCGAAGACCAAAGGAAUGAGCCCUGAGGACGUCCGCAAAGUAUGCCACGAGUACACCUUGGCGGGGUUGCAGGCGAUCUGGAGUUCCGAGCCUGCGCGGCCUUUUCGGUUCCUCUACAUGAGCGGAGCGGUCGCCGAAAGAAACCAGUCCAAGCCGCUCUGGGUCAUGGCAGAGUACCGUCGGAUGAGGGGUGAGACCGAGAACCAAGUGCUGCGGUUCGCGGACCAACACGAAGGCUUCGAGGCCUGCGUCGCCAAACCUGGUUUCAUCACCAGCUACUCCACCGCCGUGAGCUCGGCCGCCGCGGCAGCGCUCAGCGUCACGGUUGUGAUCCCGAACAUUGAUGUGGAGACGAUCGCGGCGGCUCUCAUGCACCAAGCGGUGGCCGGGUUCGAGCAAGAGACAUUGAGGACGAGCGAUCUAAAGCGGCUAGGGCGGGCUGCGGGUAAGAUUGAAUGA